AUGCCUUUGAUAGUUAUUUGUCCUGCACUCGAAUAUUGGAAAUUUGAGCUCUUUACGAGUCAUAAUCUUACCUUAAAUGAACCCAUAGAAUACAUGCAAGUACUUAAUCUUUACCUUGUUGAACUUUGCUGUGGUCUUUGCAAUAGGCGACCAACUUGGGAAUUCUCUAUCGCAUCGUUUCUUUGGCUUAUUAUCCCAAAUGAAUUAAGAGAAUUACCAUUCUCAUGCCCAUCCGAUUUUGAUUAUCCGGACAAUUCACGUCUCGCAUGUAAAGUUAGAACCGCCAAUUUAAUUUGCAUGUGGAUAAUGUUAUUUGCUACAAUACUUGCGGCAUUAUUUGUAAUUUGUAUUCCUGAGGGAGAUUAUUAUAAAUUGACAAAGAGAUCCAAAGUUCAUGAAACCAGAAAUUUUGGUUUAUAUGAAGAUGGUGGUAGCACGCAACUUAUUAGCAAGCAUUAUGACCUAAACACCGGUGCUGAUGAUAGUCAAGGGUCCGAAAAGAGCAAGGCGGAUUUGUGA